AUGGCCCUCCUCCUCACCUCCACCCUCCUCGCCAGCCUCGCCGCCACCCAAUCCGUCGGCGAGGCCCCCGAGGUCCACCCCAAGCUCACAACCUGGAAGUGUACCGUCGCCGACGGCUGCGUGUCCCAAGAGACCGCCCUCGUCAUCGACUCCCUCUCCCACUGGGUCCACCAAAAGGACAACCCUUCCCUCGGCUGCGGCAACUGGGGCAGCGGGCCUAACGCUACCGUGUGUCCCGAUGUCGAGACUUGCCAGGAGAACUGCGUCAUGGAGGGCGUCUCCGAUUACGAGGGUUACGGUAUCUUCACUGAUGGUGGGGCCUUGACGCUGAAGCAUCUUCGUGAGGAUGGGAGCGUUUCGAGCCCUAGGGUGUAUUUGCUUAAUGAGGAUGAGGAUAAGUACGAGAUGAUUAAGCUCACGGGGAAUGAGUUUACUUUCGAUGUCGAUGUGUCGAAGUUGCCUUGUGGUAUGAACGGCGCGCUGUAUUUGUCGGAGAUGGAGGAGACGGGUGCCAGGAGCGAGUUGAAUACCGGCGGUGCCUCGUAUGGUACUGGCUACUGUGAUGCUCAGUGCUUCACGACGCCUUUCAUCAACGGUGUUGGCAACAUCGACGCCAAGGGCGCUUGCUGCAACGAACUCGACAUCUGGGAAGCCAACUCCCGCUCCACCCACCUCGCCCCGCACCCCUGUAACAUAACGGGCCUCUACGAGUGCACGGGCGACGAAUGCGCCUUCGACGGCGUCUGCGACAAGAACGGCUGCGCCUACAACCCCUACCGCGUCGACCAGUUCGAGUACUACGGCCCAAAUCUGACUGUCGACACCUCCCGCCCCUUCACCGUCGUGACGCAGUUCCCCGCCGACGAAGAGGGCAAGCUCAAGGAGAUCCGCCGCUUGUAUGUCCAGGAUGGGAAAGUUAUUCGCAAUGCCCAGAUUAAUGUUGAGGGGCUCCCGAAGAAUAAUUUCAUGACGGAUGAGCUUUGCGAGAAGACCAAUUCGGAGAGGUUUAUGGAUCUCGGUGCGUUGGCGGGCAUGGGUGAGGCUAUGAGUCGGGGUAUGGUUCUUUGCAUGUCGAUUUGGUGGGAUGAGGGUGGUUUCAUGUCUUGGUUGGAUUCCGAGGAGGCUGGGCCUUGCAAGGAGGGCGAGGGUGAUCCCAAGAAUGUUCUCAAGGUUGAGCCCGAUCCGACUGUUAUCUUCUCCAACAUUAAGUGGGGUGAGGUUGGCUCGACUUAUAAGGGCGCCGAGUGCAAGAAGAAGCGAAAGCUCUAA